AUGCCCAACCUCAGCCCGUACCAGCUCAUAGCGCGCCCUCGAACUCCGCUCACCGAAUCCUCGGCCUCCUUCCUCAUCCGCACAUCCCUGCCGUUCUUCAAGCAUCCUAUCAGAAGAGCCGCGUCCACCAUGGCCGCCCCCGCCCCUGCUCGCGUACAGCCCAUCGUCGUCUUCGGCCCCUCGGGAAGCGGCAAGUCUACCCUGAUCAAGAAACUACAAGCCAGCCAGGACUGGCCCAAGUUUGGCUUCUCCGUCUCCCAUACCACUCGAAAGCCGAGAGAAGGCGAAUCUGAUGGGGUGGCUUACCAUUUCGUCACUCGAGACCAGUUCCAGGAAAUGAUCAAAAACGGCGAAUUCAUCGAGCAUGCUGAAUUCGGGGGCAAUUGCUAUGGGACAUCGUUGAAGGCGGUUUCGGAGGUGUCGGAGCAUCAGAAGAAGAGAUGCAUCCUGGAUAUUGAUGCCCAAGGAGUCAAGUUGAUUCUGAAGAACCAUCCCAGCCUCAGUCCGCUCAUCAUCUUCGUCUGCCCGCCCUCGAUCGAGGAGCUCCAGGCCAGACUCGAAGCCCGAGGCACCGAGUCGGCCGAGAGCCUGAAAUCGCGGCUCGGAAUGGCUCAAAGCGAGAUCGACUAUGCCAAGUCUGGGAUCUCCGACCUUAUCAUCGUCAAUAAGAGUUUGGACGACGCUUAUCUGAAGUUCCAUGCCGCCUGCACCGUCGAUAAGCGCGACGAUCCGAGCCACUUUCCCCAAUCCGAUCCCAUCCCUUUUUGA